UUACACCAGUAGUCCAACCCUCCCCCACCUUUUCUCCUCUUUGGCUUUGCCAGUUAUCUAUCCAUCCAUCCGUCAAUUUCUCCUACUCACAAUAUCCCACUAUUUCGAACAGCUGAUUUCCAAUAAAGAAGGGGAAUUAAGAAGACAUAUUCGACAGAAGAGAAAACGAAGAAUGGAAUAUAUCACAUAGCAUCUUGUUUUAUUUGUCUGGCACUCUCAUUUUAGAUAUGGCUAGUUUGUUAGCAACUUACUAGCUAGCGUAGCUAACGGUAGCUGGCAACCCCGGCUUACGUUAUGCAGCUAGCAGUGCAGAAUUGACUGUGGUUUCUUUUCUUCGGUGGCGGGCUUUCUCGUUCUUCUCACCUUGUGUUUGUGUUGUUUUGUAAAACAUUUCCUGAAACCUUUUUGCAUACUAAAAUAGUUUUUUCCUCCAAACCAGUAUAUAGGUCACGAAAGCAUGCUAACGUUAGCUAAGUACUCGGCUAGCUAUUGGUCAUGGAACAGCUGGUUAGCAUCCGGACUAAGUACCUAGCUUGUUAUACAAAUGUAAAUUUCAUGAUUGACCAACAUUACGAGCUUUAAGAACUGAGUGCGCACAAGCGUUUGGAACAUGUAUUUACCUCUGCAAAAUUAAAACGAUGCCGCUAUAUUAUAACUAAUUGAAUAUAUGCACACACUCGUGUGUUUUACCUUGGUAGUUGUUGUAAGCUAGCAUCAACCGGACAAAGGUAGCCGAGCAGAUAGCUAGCUAUGCCGGUUAGUAAACUGAUUUAACGCGACCUGAUAGUCUGAAUUUGCACAUUAAUGCAUUGCUAGCUUAGUUGAGAUUCCGUAAAAGUAGGCCAGCAAAUCCUACAAAAAGUACAAAUGUAUUCACGGCGACAGGCUAGGUAGCUACAUUUGAACAUUGUUUUCCCACGCCAGCCCUCUAUUGAUUAUGUGUCUAGUCAAUUAUAUAGGUGGCGUUUGCUUUUGUGUGUCUAGUUCAGGAAUUUCUGUCCGCUUACUGAUUAUGACCGACAUCGUUUUUUAACUCUUUGCUCAUUUUUCUUUUGGUUUCCAUUCGUGUUCUAACUACCUACCUCACUAAAGUCAGUGCGUGUGAUUCCACAACGGGAGUCUACAAGCUCGCUAAACAACGCUGCUCCUGUUAUCUGCUAGCCAUUAUCAUACAUUGUUUACAUUCUCCGUUUCAUGUUCUACAUGCGAGGAAGCUGCCCACAAUCAUGCCUGCAUAGGACAUCUAUUGAAGUCAAGCCGUCGGAUCAUGUAUAUUUAAUACAUGCAACGCUCAAACCUAGUAUUACACGUAGCUCCCAAACUAACUCCUCUGAUAGGGUUUUGAACUAGAAUGGCAUUCCAUGGUACCGGCCGGCAACAGACGGUAUGUGGCAACUUAUUCCCGGGAUCUGAGUUAGGCCAUAACAAGUAUUUUUGUGUCAACACUUCUACUGGAGCAACUUCCACGGGCCUCAGCGCAACACCAAGUCUAACUGGACCCAUUGCCCCAGCUGGGACGCCUCGACACCCAACAUCUCUUGGGGGAAGCAGUGGUGGUGGGGCAGCUGUGCCACAACCUCGUAGUAACCCAGCCAGUGAAGUGCCAAGCCCUGCUGAGAUGGAACCAGAUCGUCCUAUCGGCUAUGGCGCCUUCGGUGUGGUUUGGUCGGUGACAGACCCUCGGGAUGGGAGGAAGGUGGCCCUGAAAAAGAUGCCCAAUGUCUUCCAGAACUUGGUCUCCUGUAAGAGGGUCUUUAGAGAGCUGAGGAUGCUCUGUUUCUUCAAACAUGACAACGUGUUGUCGGCACUGGACAUUCUGCAGCCUCCACAGAUCGACUGCUUUGAGGAGAUCUACGUGAUCACUGAGCUGAUGCAAAGUGACCUCCACAAGGUCAUCGUGUCUCCUCAACCACUCACCACUGACCACAUCAAGGUGUUCCUUUAUCAGAUCCUCAGAGGGCUGAAGUACCUGCAUUCUGCUGGAAUCCUGCACAGGGACAUCAAACCUGGAAACCUGCUUGUUAACAGCAACUGCUUGCUGAAGAUCUGUGAUUUCGGGCUGGCUCGUGUGGAGGAACCCGAUCCGUCACGUCACAUGACCCAGGAGGUGGUGACUCAGUACUACCGGGCUCCUGAGGUGCUGAUGGGCAGCCGGCAUUAUGGCUCAGCCAUAGACGUUUGGUCUGUGGGCUGCAUCUUCGCCGAGCUGCUUGGCCGACGAAUCCUGUUCCAGGCCCAGAGCCCAAUACAGCAGUUGGAUCUGAUCACUGAUCUCCUGGGUACCCCUCCCCUCUCUGCCAUGGUGUCUGCCUGCGAGGGGGCCAGAGCUCACAUCCUGCGAGGACCUCACAAACCCCCAUCGCUCUCUGUGCUCUACAUGCUGUCUGACGGGGCGACCCACGAGGCAGUUCACCUGUUGUGUCGCAUGCUGGUGUUUGAUCCUGCCAAGCGGAUUUCAGGCAGCGAUGCCCUCUCACACCCCUACCUGGACGAGGGCCGUCUGCGCUACCACACAUGCAUGUGCCAGUGCUGCUACUCUGUGCCCAGUGGGCGUGUGUACACUCGAGACUUUGAGCCGCCCGCCGACCGGAACUUCAGCCACAGCUAUGACAACAGCCUGCUCUCCGUCUGGCAGGGCAAAGAGCUCAUCCAUCGUUUCAUAACAGAGCACCAGCAGGGGAAGCGAGUGCCGCUGUGCAUCAACCCCCAGAGUGCCGCCUUCAAGACCUUCAUCAGGUCCACUGCAUGGCAUUCCUCCAAAGUUUCCAGGAAGGAGGAGAGAUGAAGCAGAGUAUCGUUCAUGUACAGAAGGAGUCAUGGGAAACGCAGUUUAAAAUGAAUACAAAAAAGACUACAUUUUCCAUCAAUGAAAACUACAGUUCCCAACUAUGAAAGCUCCUGUGGAAACUGGCGUGGACUCCAACAUUACACCAACGCUAUAGACAUUUCCCCAUGGCUGAACUAAAAUGUGCUUCUGAAUGGAGAGAAGGAAGAAAUGGAAUAAGUAGAAGAAAAAUAGGAAUUGUCAAAGAGGAAAAUGAUUAGAAAUAUUUAUUGGUAUGAAAUGUUGGUGUGUGGUGCUCGGGGUUGAUCGGCAAGAGACAAAGAAACUGCAUUUUAAAAAUAUAUAAUUUAUGUUGAAUAAUUGACAAUGGAGACAGAGGAAUAACGUUUUUUAUCCUAAUUUAUGUUAAAUAAUUGUUCUGCUCUGUGCGUUUUGAAGUCAUUCCAGCCUCAUGCAAUGCGAUGAAAAUCGUCCCUGCGGCUUGCUCCCGGCAAUAUCUUACCCUAUCUGUGACUUAAAGGUUAUCAUAAGAAUGAUCAGUGUGACGACUCCCUUUUACCACUAAUUCUAUAGAUGUGGUUGGAUAGUCUCAGUGGCUUCGGAUAGCUGAACCUAGACCCGUGCUUUGAAGCCACCUCGAGCAUAGCGUCACGUCACUCUCUAAUAUACCCUCAUGUUGGCCCUAGUCAGAAUGUACUGCGUUCUUCGAUUGCGCUGGGCCACGGCAGGAGAGAAGCUUCUGGGACUAGGCAUAGGCUAACCUAUGCGGAGCGUUGCAUUUUUUUCUUAUUAAAUCCUUUUUUGUUAUUUUGUAAUUUUUUAUUUAUUGUAUGUUUUUUGUUUUAAUGCUGGGUACAUAUUUGAUCAUGUGUGCUUGUAGUUGGCCAUUUCACUGAAGACACUGUGUCGUGUGCGGGUGUGUGUAGAGUGUAGGGGUAAGUGCAGUUUUCUGCUUCAGUGAUCUCAUUACCUCAAAAACAGUUGGGAUUGAACAGAGAAACCAGAGAUGUUCUAAUGGAUGUGUGCAUAGACAAAACCCAACUGAACUAUGUACUAUAACGUGAUUUAAUUCCUCUACUGAGUCACACUGUACUUCUCCUGAUGCUCCCGCUUUCUUUCGCUAUAUCUUGGCGAGCACGAUGGAGGGACAGGUGACAAGAAGAGUAGCUAUCCGAAUUUGUCACUGAAAUGCUGCUGUAUGUCGUUUUCUUUUUUUGUUUCCCUUUUACCGGUUCGUUGAUUUCAAGUUGAAUUCACGGCUCAGGUGUUCCAUUGCAAAGACUGCACGCACAAAACGCUCACAAAUGAUUCACCAAUAACAGUGUGCCUCACCUUUUUCCGUUCACCAAGAGGAACCAUGAAGCUCUGUGCACUGAAAGCUCUUUGCGUUGAAGCUAGUACUCACUAACAAUAGGCUCCUGAAGACUGUACUGUACUAAUUGGCAUUGCCAUUGUGGGCAGUGGUCAUUCCCUUGUCACCAGAUGGUGCUAUUGCUAUUGGAUGUGUAGACUAGGUGGGCGAUGGGGGAUUUGCCAGAAUGUUUCAAUUGUGUAAACCUGCAUGUGUGUAUUUAUGAUAUAAAAAAGGAAGAAAUUGUGGAUUUGAAUGCAGUGCAAAGGGAGUUGUCCCCACAGACAGACCUUGCUUGUGCUGGUGUUAUUUAAAUUAAUUUUUUAGGAGAUCAAAUCAUUUUUUUCUUCUGUAUUUUUUUUCCCAUUUAGUUGUUUUUUGUGACGUGACCCCUUUUGAGCAAAAUAUUUGUUUCCCUUUAGUUAGUGUCACAACUUGGCUAUUGUGUUUCGUAGAAAACCGUAAGCAAGCUGACUUUUAGUAAAAGCUUUCUUCUGUCUCCCUCUCAUACCGUUCCUUCAACUUGACACUUCAGCUUGACACUCAGGUGAUGUAUACAAGGCAUAAAACAACUGUUUAAACGGGGAGGUCACUACUCAAACUUGUUGAAUAGGAAGCGCUUGUUGUCACUUAGCUCUGGAAAACAUUUCCCCACUGUGCAUUAACAUGACCCUGUGCGAGGGAGAAGUUAGAGUGCAACAGCUCCCUUAUCUUUUCUCACUGGAAUAGCCUUUCCUGGCAUAUGAUCCGUUUGAAACAGGUCCUUCUCCUCACCUUCUUUCUGAAGCAGUUCAGGAAAGAGAAACCAGGUUGAGGAGCUGCUUUCACCUGUCCAGCUCUUUUCGGGUGAAGUCUAGGCCACUUUGUAAAUGGCACCCAUUUCAAGUGUACUACAUUCUGAUUACAGCCACAGAAGAAGUGCACUAACUAGAGGAGGAAAUGGACUGUGUCCUUCUGUAACUAACUCCACAGGCAUGGGAGAGAGGGAGAAGAUUCCACACCUGAUAAUAUAGAUGUUGUUCAGAAAAGAAAUGUGGAUAUUUGUGUUGAUUAUGAUUCUGAAUAUGAAACCAAUGUUUAAUACUGCUGUUUUAAAAAUGUUCAUAUUGUUUUUAUUUAAUUUUUUGGGGGUCAUCGUGUUUUAGGAAAUGUUUUUGACUUGUGUUCCCAACAAAUACUUGAAUUUCUUAAGAAAAUGACUAGAACGUAAAGUAGUGAGAGAAUAAAUGGAUAGUUCCUGGAUAAUAUUACUGCGUUGAGGGUCUUUCUGGUCGUCAAUGGGAAAGACUGUAAAGGGUAAAGGUGAACUGUGCUCUAUUAUGACAUUGUUGCCUAGGUGACAAGUGUAGUCACUGAAACUAUUAGCUUCCUUACUCUAUAAAAUAUUUCUGUCAUCCAGAAAUGUUAGCAACAUUUUCUGCUAAAUAGCAGUUGUUUUGAGUUAAAAUAUUUGCCUUUUUUUUUUUUUUUGCCUGGGGCCUAUACUAAGGCAUUCAGUUAAAUGAAAAGUAUUACUGAAGUAAAUAUCUAAAUAUCU